UCAAGCUGUCAAAGGCCAAGCUCCUGUUAUGUGCAAUAAUUUAUAAUAUAGAAAAAAUGAAAGUGAAAACAAAGUAAAGAAUAAUUUAAAGACAAUCUCAGUAUUUAAAAUAAAAGAAAAAUUUUUUCAGAAUUUCAGUUAAUAAAAAUCUGUAUUUUAUUAAGUUAGAAUUAAGUUAGGUGAACUACUAUUAUAAGAAAAUAAUAAUGUCCUUUCUAAGAGGAUCAGAAAACUAUGUGUGGUGUACGACUAGUGUAUUAGGAAAAGGAGCUACAGGCGCUGUUUUUCAAGGCGUUAACAAGAACAAUGGAGAACCAGUCGCCGUCAAGACCUUUAAUCAACUAAGUCACAUGAGACCUCAUGAAGUGCAGAUGCGCGAAUUUGAAGUUUUGAAAAAAGUAAAGCACGAGAACAUAGUUAAGUUGCUAGCUAUUGAAGAAGAACAGGAUGGAAGGGGUAAAGUCAUUGUCAUGGAACUAUGUACAGGGGGAAGUUUAUUUAACAUUCUUGAUGACCCUGAAAAUACAUAUGGACUCCAAGAGCACGAAUUUUUACUUGUGUUAGAGCACUUGACUGCAGGUAUGAAGCAUUUACGUGACAACAAUCUAGUACAUCGAGACUUGAAACCUGGUAAUAUCAUGAAGUUUAUAAGUGAGGAUGGCACUACUACAUAUAAGUUGACAGACUUUGGAGCAGCAAGAGAGUUGCAAGAGGAGGAACAGUUUGUAUCCCUGUAUGGAACUGAGGAGUACCUUCAUCCUGACAUGUAUGAAAGAGCAGUUUUAAGGAAACCAAUAGGAAAGAGUUUUGGAGCAACAGUAGAUUUGUGGUCAAUAGGUGUGACUCUUUACCAUGUGGCCACAGGGCAGCUGCCUUUUAGGCCAUAUGGCGGACGGAAAAAUAAGGAGACAAUGUUUUAUAUUACAACAAAGAAAGCUUCUGGAGUCAUAUCAGGUACACAAACAACAGAAAAUGGACCCAUUGAGUGGUGUCGGGAGCUACCGUCACACUGUCAGCUGAGUAUGGGGCUCCGGAAACUGGUCACACCACUGCUGGCUGGACUAUUGGAGGUGGACCCGCAUAGAAUAUGGACUUUUGAGAGAUUUUUUUCAGAGGUCCAAACCGUCACAUCAACCAAACCAGUUCACAUUUUUCAUGUGAAUAAGGCAGCAAGUAUAAAAGUUUUCCUGAAACCCGAGGAAAAAUAUGAGCAUCUGCAGACGUACAUCUGCGAACAGACGAGCGUGGUCGCCGAAUCGCAGAUCCUACUGCACAAGGACACCUUACUUCUCAGUGAAAUAGAUGAAAACACUCUUGGUAAGAAUUAUCCGGAAACGACAGCCGAGGUGCCACUGAUGCUCUUCAACAAGAACAACAACAACGUCAGUAUGGCACCGGAGCCCGAGGUACCCAAGUUUCCCGUGUUCCCGAACAUCGUGUCCGUCGAAAACGACGCCUCGCAGGCCAAGACGGCGUGCAGCGUCGGGCACGUCGUGAAGCGGCGCGUCGAGGCGCUGUGCGCCGCGUCCGUGCUGUGCGGCGCCUGCGUGACGCGCUGGGGCGCGCUGCUGGCCGUGCGCCUGGCGGCCGUAGCCACGCGCGCGCACGCGCUGGCCGCGCACGCCGCGCGCCUGCACGACGCGGCGCGCGCGCUCGACCUGGCCGCCGCCGCCGCGCUGGCGCUGGCGCCGCGCGCCGCCGCGCCCGACGCCUGGGCCGCGCCCGCCGCGCUCGUGGCGCACGAGGCCGAGGCGCUGCGGGCGGCGGGCGCGGCGCUGCGCACGCGCCACGCCGCCGCCGCGCUGCGCGCCGACUGGGACGACGCGCUGCUGCACGCGCCGUGCCCCAGCGAGCUGCGCCUGCACCUCAAGGCCAAGACGCUGGUGGAGCGCCUGCGCGAGUCGUGGCAGCACCUCGUGCGCGACCGCGCCACGCGCUCCAUGACGUACAACGACGAGCAGUUCCACGUGCUGGAGCGCAUCACGGUGGCGGAGACGGGGCGGCGCGCGCGUGCGCUGCUGCAGCGCGCCGCGCCGCUGGCACGCGCGCGCGCCGACGCCAUCGCCGACUGGUACAAGGUCGCUCAAACGGUCUUCCUGCAGACUCAGAUUCUAGACAAGGACCUGUCGAGUACCGAGCUGAAGGUGCUGGCGCUGGCGGCGCGGCUGCAGGACGCCGAGCACCGCACGCGCGCGCUCGUGGGCGACGCGCAGGCGCAGGCGCAGCUCAGCGCGCUGCGGGCCGAGGCGCGGGCGGACGCGCCGGCGGAGGGCGCGGCGCGGCGGGACGCGCGCGCGGGGCUGCCGCCCGGCGGCGCGGCCGUGCGCGCGCUGCUGGCGGCGCACGACGACGUGGCGGCCGGCGUGGCGAGCAGCUCGGCGCUCGUGGCGCGCCUGCUGCACCUCACGGCCGACGCGCCCUAGCACAGCGCCGGCGCGGCGUCGGCGUCGGCGUCGGGUUCGUCGGCGUCGUCGGCGUCGUCGUCGGCGUCGUCGCUCGGCUCCGGCAUCGAGACCGUGAUCUACGAGUCGGCGGGCGAGCGCUGGGCGGGCUCGCUGCCGCGCGACGACGACGCGCCGGCGCGGCCGGACUGCAAGGCGCACUCCAAGUCGGCGUGCGUGCUCACGUGAGCCGCCCCGUACUACGGAUCUCAGAGAUUGUUCCGUUUUCUUAAUAAGUAUUACUGUCGGUUUUUUAUUGUUUCAUUUCUAGUGAUGUUAGCGAAAUAUUACGUAGGGAUGUUAGUGCGGCGGAUCGAUUUAACGAAACCGUUUUAACUCUUCUACGUACCCAAUAGUCAGACAUUAGAUGGGCAAAAAGUCGCGAGGUCUAUGUAUAUGUAUGUACUGUUUGAAGAUGUGACUUCAUUAACUUAACGUACCUCUGUCUCGUUAGGUAAGUGGCAUACAAAUAGUUUAAAUGUAUUUAAGGCUGGACGGACAUUAAGGACGAUAGAACCAAUUUUGCAUUGCUUUCCUACUAAGUACUGGUGCUCUUCGAUAUCUACUUAUUUAGAUUUAAGUUAGAAUAUCUUGUAAAAAUUAUAUAAGGGUAAUGUUAUGUUUUAUAAAAUAUAUGAACGAUAU